GGCGGGGGGAGGGGCUCCUGUGCGGGGAAAGCCAGUGACCUUCUCCACACAAUUGCCGGUUUAUUUAUGCUGAAGCAGCUGAGGCUGGUAAUCACGUGUAGUGUGUACGGAGACCGGGAGGAGCGGGGAGACCGGACAACUGAGGUUGCACCUUUUAUGGAUUACCAACCAUGUCUGUACACGCCUUGACAUUGACAGACUACAACACAAAGAGAGUUCAGACUUGUACAAGUGUGGCACAGGCAAGUAGUGAUGUCAGUCUUUACACUGGCCUGAAAACAAAGGAUGUUCCAGAUCCUCCUCUGACAAAGCUGCCUAGGAUUCCCACCAUUCGGUUUCCUACAGAUGAAUUACCCCGGCCAGCUGUCAUUGGACUAGGAGGGAGCAAUGGAUCAUAUGUUGACAGUACUACGGCCAUAAAGGAAAUUCUAGCUUCUGUUUUAAAAAUUCCAAGCACUGCAAAAUCCACAUUAACUGUGAAUACCAAUAUCCAGGACAGUGAUGCGGAGAACUGGGGGGAAAGCAGCAAUGAUGAUUCAGACAGUGAUUCCGAAUGUGCCCCGUUAAGUUCCUCUUCGCAACAUGACAUUCGAUUAACUAGACACAAAGCAUCAUGGGAUAACUCCAAGUCAGACUCUCCUGUAACUUUUGCAGUGGAGUCAACCACUUCCUCACAUAAUGAUCCCAUUACGAGCUCAAAGACUAGUGAUACUAAAAUAGAACUUUCACCUUUCCUGAAAUGUGACCAAUGUGCAGAAGUACUUUUAACUGGAUCCAGUGCCUCACAACCGAAUUUCACUUUGAACGCCCAAAAAGACAGGCGCUUCUCUUCACCUAAUCUUUCCAGUCUGACUUUAAAUUUGAAUCAUAAUUCACAUGAUCCUCCAUCAGAAAAAGACUGUAUACCCUUACUUACAGCCACAGUGGACACUGAUACCUGUGCUGUAGAAGAGAGCAAAACUUUCCACCGUAGGUCAAAGUCCUAUUCCAGCAUUCCUAAAGCAGCUGAGAAUUUGACUUCAAGCACAGAACUCCAUGACACUGCUGAAAAUCUCUUUGAACCAGCUGUAAACUUGGAGAAAGAGAAUGAGCACUUUCUGGCAGCAGAACUGUUUAUGGCUGUGGUUGAGAGAAUGAAAAGCAAUUGGCAGUAUGAGCAGUGGAAGACAGAGGGAGGCAUGUACUGGAUAAAGAGAGAUCAAGAGGAGCCUUGUUUCCACAGGAAGAAGGCAAAUUCUGAAUCUGCUGCUUCGGUUGACAGUGGAUAUGAGGGGUUGGCUGCAUUGCAGAAUUCUCCUGUGGAAACUAUAUUUGAAGAGGAUGAAUCUCAGCAAUCCAUCAAGACUUUAGUAUGUGAAGACUAUGAGGAUUAUGUAAUUAUAGAAUUGGACGACUGUGAGAAGUUAUACACGCCUAAGCAAUCCAAUGACAUGCCUGAAAGACGGGGCUUAAACUCUGCCGAACAAAUUGCCAAGAAUUUAUACCGAGCUUUCCGACAGCAGUGGACGCAGGUUGAUGGGGAAGUUCAACUACCAACAAGGAUCCCAGCUGACGACUUGGCUGAUGACCAAACUAUAGCAGAAGAAUUUGAAUCCAGUAUAAGUCUUGUGGAAGAGAUAAAGAAGUUCAGGAUCAGGGACGCAGAAGAGUGGUCUCCACGGUUUCAGAUCAUAAGCACCAUACAUCCAUAUAUCAAGAGAGAUGUGAUUGUAGCGUCACAAAACUAUUUAUGUGCUGGCUGUGGAACACAAGUAGAGCCAAGGUACACUAAUAGGUUGCGAUAUUGUGAUUACAUGGGGAAAUAUUUCUGUGACUGCUGUCACGGUUACACAGAGAGCUUCAUUCCAGGUCGCAUUCUCUCUAAAUGGCAUUUCAGUAAAUACUACGUCAGCAACUUUGCUAAAAGUGUCGUCGACAAAAUCUGGGACAGUCACCUGUUCAAUGUGCAGACUGAAAACCCAGCACUGUACAAAAAAGUUAAGGACCUAAACAGAGUCCAAGAAGUUCAAGAGCAGUUAAUUCACAUAAGGAAACUGGUGUCAACUUGUCGCUUUGCAGAUGGCAUUAUAAAGGCUUUUGAAGAGGUGCCCUCUCAUCUGACCCAAGAGCUACAUCUCUACACAUUAAGUGACCUCUACAAAGUUAAACAGAAAUCCCUCUUGCAAUCACUUCAGGAACUGUUGGCCACUGCAGUGGCUCAUGUGGACCAGUGUGAGUUGUGCCAAGCCAAGGGGUUUAUAUGUGAAUUAUGCCAAGAAGCUGAGGUGAUCUUUCCAUUCCAGACACAAACCUGUAGAAGAUGUGAAGUUUGCAAGGCCUGCUAUCACAAGCAAUGCUUUAAGACUCGUGAGUGCCCAAAAUGUACAAGAAUAAAGGCAAGGGAAGCCUUGAAAUCGGACUCUCCGUUUACAUCAAGUGGUGAAACCGACUCCAACUCUAUGCAGUAGCUUGCGUGUAGUGAUUUUGUAUAUUGGUGUUAAAAUGUACAAAGCUUUAUUUAUGGAAAUAUUUCUGGAUGUAACUGCUCUUUCACACUAAAUGUAUAUUUUUCAAGAAGUAUUUUAUCAGGUUUUAAAGUUGCUACAUUUUGUAUUUUAGGUUUGAUGUAAAGUUUGGAUUUUACUGUGAGGUCUUGUUUGUAUCAAAAACAAUCUGAAUGCUAUUGGCAACAUACUUUUUGUCUUCAGAUUAGAUUAUAUUGAAUGUCAGCUUGGUUUUGUUAACAGUCCUCUGGAAUAGAUUCAUUUUUGGUGAAACAAAAGUGCUGAAAUACUUGUGACUCUUGAAGACGAUGUAUUUCAUGGCUUCCUAUAGUCAUGGCUACAUAAACGAUUGCCUAGGUCAUGUGACUUGUGCUGGACAGGAGUGUCAUCCAAUCUGAACACUGAUCCUCCCUGCUCAGUAGUGAUCUUGUGACUAAACUAGGAAAGAAGCAGGGUUCUUGUAUAGUCUCUUCUGUGCUCAUCUCAUCAUCUCAACAAGACUGUUGUCAUAGCUUUAGGUUAAUAAUUCAGUACAAGUCUACAUUUAUUUUUCAUAUAGCUGACAUUUUUAUAAUGUGAUCUGCUAAAGCCCACAACCCCAUUUCUAAAAAAAAAUUUUAUGUAUACAAUUCCCUACACGGGGCUAGCAUCAUGCAUUGUUUCCUGCAACCUGCCAUCUCUGUAGAGUGAAGAAAAGCCGUGUGUGUGUCUGCAUUUCUGAAUGAUGGCACACAGUUGCAGUAUCAUCUGGAUUCAAAUGCAGGACAUUGCAUCCCAAAUGUUUUAAUUGUUUCUACAAAAACUUUACAUGUAUUAUAGAAGAUUAUGUUUGUUUUUUUGUUUGUUAUUUUGCAAGUUUAAAGUGAUGUGCAAUCAAUUGAUUUUAAUUUUUUUUUUUUUUAAACGGACCUAUAGUAAACAAAGAUUUGGACAUACAUUUCCUAUUCCCCUUUUUAACAGUUUUAUUGUUUUAUAAGCCGUACAUUUUACCAUGAACUUGACAUCUUGCACGUUUACAUAAGGUAAUUCAGGUUUUGUUUGGUUUAAUUUCAUGCUCUUAAAACCAUAAGAAUGUGUGUGAUUUUUUUUUUUCUGUUGUGCCUUUCAAAAUGAAUGUAUAUUGUGUUCAUUCUAUAAAAAAUAAAAGACUUGUUUUGUUUUUUUCA